AUGGUGGAAACAAGAAGAAAAGAUGAAAAGGGAACGAAAUUAAGGGAUCCCCAGGAUUACGAAUGGAGUCCAGGAAAAUUAGAACGAAUUGUGAAGGCGAAAAUCUUGAAGGAAGAAGAUACGAAUAGUUUGUCCGCUACGUUUAGUUCUAAUGGUUCUAUGACGGAAACUUACAUUGAACCGGGAUGGCGAAUCGAAGAUAUCCUAUUAGCAGCUAAAGUUCUAGGAGAAGAAGAAAAUCAGUCUGGUUAUGCCAACGAAGCUGAGAUGCGACGUGUAUUUGGACUUGUGUACGAUGUUUUAAGAUAUAGAAAUGUUCUGAAUUACGUUCUGCAAGAUGUUGGAUUCUGGUCUCGAAAUCAUGACUUAAAAAAUCGUGAAAGGAUCGUCUGGUUAUUGUUGUACGAUAUGCAAGGAAGAAAAUUUUCCAGAAGAGGUGAUAUCGUUACUAUCAAGACACGUGAUCGAAUUUUUAAGGCGGUUGGUUUAAAAGACAUCGAGAAUGCUCUUUUAGAAGUUAGGACACAUUUAGCAGCCAGUAUGUCUCGUUUGCGAAUAGCUGGAUCAGCACUUACACUUGAUAAACUAUUGCCGAAACAUCUGCGUACUGGCGAAGGUAUUGUUUGGUCCGAAGGAGGUACUAUUGCUUCUGGAUGGAUUAAUACAUCGAAUGGUAGCAUAAAUAAGAUUGAAGUGAUCAAGGAAUUAUCAAAGAAGGUUGGAUUAGAACUUUGUGAAAAUUGUGAAGUUGCGGAAUUAGACGAGAAUACUUAUGCUUUCGAUUCGUUUUGUCCAAAAGUAAUAAACGUACACGAAAAGAUACGAGAGAGGAUUGCUUGUUCUAGUCUCGUUCGUGAACAUCGAUUCAUAUUUUUGGAACGAUCGUUAUGUCUUGGAGCAGCAGCCAUAGCUCUAGCCAUGCGAAUAGGUCGACUAUGUGGUCCUGUAGUUUUAACUCAUUCGAUAGCACCACGUCAUACAGGAUAUUUAGCAGAACUUUUAUCAAAUAUAGAAGGUGCUGGUAGACUUUUAGCCUUUGGCACGGGUGAUCGUCGUUACGAAUACGAGGACUAUUUGAAAAAGCUUGGAAUUACGUUGCAACAAUGUCGAGUAUUCUCGGAAAAAUAUAUCUCACCACCUCCAUCGGUUGAAAUAGAUAGAGCAACCGUUGUUUUGGCUGCACCACCGUCCAGUUACAUCGGUGUUAAGGAUAUCGUUGAUCUUGUGGUUGCUCGAGGUGGUGAUACGAAGUUAUUAGAAUCACUGACAAAUACUGACGACGAAUUUUCUAAAACUCGUGCCGUUUUAAUCGAACAAUUGACUACUUUGAAAUAUGCACUAACAAGACCGAACGUACAGUUUUUAAUCUACGAAGUACAUACUGUUUUACCCUCCGAAACAACUAAAAUGGUACAGCAAGUUGUCGAUUAUGUUAAUCAAAUAGCUACCGAAAAGUAUAUUCGGGAAUGUCUGCCGAAGAGGAAAGCCAUAUUGAAGGAAAAACAAGGACAGAAUACUAUCAUUCAAACGUCGACGAAGCAUUUCCUACGAGCCAAAAAUUCGAACGAUGAACAACAAUCCGAGGAGGAAUCGUCUAUUACUGAUUUGUCUCAUGCAGAGAAGGUAAAUCAACACGAAGAAGACGAAAUAUCAUUUUCUACGACAUACCGUAAUAUUAACGUACCGAAGAGCGAUCUUUUCGAAAUUCGAACUUUCGACGAAAUCUAUGAUAAAGAUAGUACUCAGACAUUAGAACCAGGAUGUUUUAUAACUGUAAUUAAGCGAAAGGAAAUGAUGCAGUUUGAUUCUUUGUUUAUGAUCAAAGUGGCAGAAUCGAAAGGUCUUUUUGGUGACACGGAUAAAGAACAAAGUACAUCGAAACCGAUAGUAACGCAGACUCAACCGAUCGUUGCAACUUCUCACUUUCAUCGUAUUAAACAUAAGACAUCCGAUAUCACCUGCGAUGAUCUUUCAAAACCUUUGGGUUCGAUUCUUCGAUCUUUUCAAAAACUUCAAUCAAUUGAUGAGAUCUCACGAAGUUCGAACGAAAAAAAUAGACAAACAAGAAAAACCAAGAACGAUCAAAUAUCGUCAACUUUAACUUCCAUUAAGGAUAAAGUCAUCCUUCGAAAAUAUCGAACGAGAUCGAUAAAAAGAAAGAAAUCCAGUUCACUUAAUAUUUUAACAAUAUCAGAAACAGAUGUUUGGGAUCAACCGAGUUCUUCAAAUAAAUACCAUGAUGUUCCAUUACAAAAGCAAGAAAGUAAUGACAAGGAAUCACAAAGAUUUUUAUCGAGCACAGCAUUAAGAAAAUCUGCAUUGAUUAGGGCAACCCAACGUACGUCUUUUGAUAGUGUUCUUAUAUAACAGGAUAAACGACAUCAUUUUCGUGUGUUGGAAAUUUAAAAGAAUCUAGAAAAAAUUGUU